GAAACAGUUUAAUGUCUGGCUGAAAUAAAAACAAGUUACGAUUUGAAAUCGCAUGAAGAUUUUAUUUUAAUGGCAUCCUGGGCUUCGAUACAAAUAUGCCGCUUUUGUGGUAGUAACAAUGAUGUUAUUGUUGAUCUAAUUGAAACAUUGUUAAGUGAAAAACUGAUCAGCUAUUUCCCGCUUAAGUUUGAACCAAGCGAUCCUCUUCCAAAGAUGUCUUGUACCGAAUGCGCCAGUACCAUUCAACAAAUGGAAGCUUUUGUCCUGAAGGCACGUGAAGUCGAGAAAGACCUACUAAAGCGUGCGGCACGUCCCAAAGGAAGCGUUAUAUCAGCAGCGCAGAUUCGUUCAUUAGCUAGUUCCGUGGUAGCUCAAAACGUCAAACCGCCGACGCAAAGUGUUAAGGAAGUACUUCAAAAACUUAACACUACGUCAGUUGUUGUGAAAAAAAUACACAAAGUCCCAUCCCUAAUAGAUCCUUUGGGUGGAAUCGGAGAGCUAGAAGAUGAGGAACCUUUCCUCAAAAUGAAAAUGGAAGUUCUGGAUGAAGAGAUAGAAAAUUUGCCUGCAGAAGAUUUUGUUCAAUAUAAUGAUACGGAUGAUGAUGAUGAUGAACAUUUUAGUUCCAGUUUCCAUAAGAUUUUAUCGGUUGAUAUGAAAAAUGUUGGUUCAACUGAUGACUCGGAUUCAGCUCAAGACAAUGCCGACGAAGAUUAUAUUCCCAAUAAACCUAGCCCAAGGAGAAAGCAGAUUUCAGAAAAACGCCUUUCAGCAUCCAAACCAUGUUUACCGCAGAAAAAAGUAUCAUCCAAAGUUCGCCAAUCAAAUCCCAAAGGAAUUGUCAUCAAUCUCACCGAUCCAUGUCAUUACGUGUGCGUUACUUGUAAAUCGAAAUUCAGUAGCUUUGAAGAGCUGCAAUCCCAUAUUAAUCAGAACAUAGCCUGCAAAAAAGUUAGCUGUACAUGCGAACAUUGCGGAAAAUUUUGCGAAAGUCGCCGAGCGCUCUAUCAGCACAGACUUUCGCACAAUCCAAAGCCACAACUAAUAUGUGAUCAGUGUGGUAAAGUUUACACUAACUCAUUUAACCUGGAGAACCAUAAAAGUCAAGUACAUGGGGAAGAAGUUGAAGAACUAGGCUAUGUAUAUAAAUGCUGCGAACAAACGUUCGCAACACGACGUGAACUGAAUGAUCAUAUUGCUACGCAUAGCAAAAUUCUGAAUCUUCUUUGUGACACGUGUGGAAAAUCUUUCACUUCCCAUAAGGCGCUUCGAUCACAUAAUAUGAGUCACCUUAACAUUCGGCCAUUCUCGUGCGAUUUAUGUGACAAAUCUUUCAGAACCAAGCUUCUUUUGGUUCAGCACUCGCAUGUUCAUACGGGCGUUAAGGUUUUCAAUUGCGAUAUAUGCGAGAAAUCUUUUGCCAAGAAGGAAUCGCUUAAGAAACAUUAUAAACUUCACUCCAGUGAUCCGGUAACUUGGUCCUCAACUGGCGAAAAGAUAACUGUCAAACCAAUCGAGCAAUUGCAACAGCAGCAGUUUGUCGAUUACGCCGUAGUGUAAGAAAUUGUCUUGGUGGAAUUACUGCACGGGUAAGUUAAAACUGGACUUUACCUCGAUCCGAUUGUAAUUCGUCGGCACAAUAAACAAAUUUCAAAGA